AUGGAGUAUAUGAGCACGGGUAGUGAUAGCAAAGAGGAGAUUGACUUGUUGCUAAAUAAUUUAAAUAUGUCCGAGGUGAUAGACAUCAUGGAAAACCUUUAUCCAGGUGGAGACCUUGCGGUCUAUGAAGAUAGCUUAAUUACAAUGUGUGAAGAGGCAAAUCAAAAUGAAGAACGUGCGGAAUCUUUACUGUUUUGUGAAAGGGAGGUUUCUUUGAUGUCCUCCGUCAAAUACGGGACUGUGGAAGACCUGCUUGCUUUUGCAAAUCAGGUGUCUAACACUGCAAAACAAUUUAAAGGAUGCAGACAGCAAGAAUCUGGAAUCCUGUUGAAUAUGGUGAUCACACCCAAGAAUGGGCGCUAUCAAAUCGACUCGGAUGUGCUUCUGUUUCCGUGGAAGCUGACUUACAGGAACAUUGGCUCUGAUUUUAUUCCUCGGGGAGCUUUUGGGAAGGUGUACUUAGCUCAAGACAGAGAAACCAAGAAACGAAUGGCAUGCAAACUGGUCCCAGUGGAACAGUUCAAACCAUCAGAUGUUGAAAUACAGGCGUGCUUCCGUCACGAAAACAUUGCUGAAUUAUACGGUGCUAUUUUGUGGGAUGAGACGAUACAUCUCUUUAUGGAAGCUGGAGAGGGAGGAUCUGUCAUGGAAAAGCUGGAGAGUUGUGGUCCUAUGAGAGAAUUUGAAAUCAUUUGGGUGACAAAGCAUAUUCUGAAAGGACUUGACUUUCUCCACUCCAAGAGGAUUAUCCACCACGAUAUCAAACCAAGCAACAUUGUCUUUAUGUCAACUAAGGCUGUUUUGGUGGAUUUUGGCCUAAGUGUGCAAAUGACUGAAGACAUUUACUAUCCCAAAGACCUUAGAGGAACAGAGAUUUACAUGAGCCCUGAAGUUAUCCUGUGCAGAGGCCACACAACAAAAGCGGACAUCUACAGCAUGGGAGCUACUAUUAUUCAUAUGCAAACCGGCAUCCCGCCCUGGGUGAACAGAUAUCCUCGUUCUGCAUAUCCAUCCUACCUCUAUAUUAUACACAAGCAAGCUCCCCCCUUAGAGGACAUUGCUGAAGACUGCAGCACUUCCAUGAGGGAGUUGCUAGAAGCAGCUCUAGAAAGGAAUCCUAACCAUAGGCUGUCUGCAGCAGAUUUACUGAAACACGAAGCCUUACACCCACCCCCAGAAGACCAACCACGGUGCCAGAGUCUGGACUCCGCAUUGUUUGAAAGGAAAAGACUACUCGCAAGGAAGGAGCUGCAGUUGCCAGAAAACAUUACAGAUUCCUCAUUAUGUACUGGGAGCAUGGAAGAGUCGGACCUGCUAAAGAGGCAAAGAUCACUCUACAUAGAUCUUGGAGCUCUAGCUGGUUACUUCAAUAUUGUUAGGGGACCACCAGCCUUAGAAUACGACUGACUCAACGUUGUAUGUCUGCAGGUCAGAAAUGGACCUCUACCUCUUAAAACUUGAUUUUAAGACUUGAUUUUUCAAACUUGUACAUAAAAAUAUUGCCAUUGUAGGCUGUAAAAUGUGAAGAGUGUUUAAUUGCACAGAUGAUUAAGCUAAACCCUUAGGGGCUCUGAUAAGCUGAUCCCAAGCAACAAUAUUUGUGCGUCUGCUGGUUGACCAACAAGAAGACGGCAAAAAGAACACUGCUGGGAAUGUCUUAAUCCAGGAUAUCUUCCUGUGCUGGGCCUUGCACUUUUAUAAAACUUGUAAUAUACGCUUGCAAAUGCUGCC